CUUAUCAGAAAUUGUUUUCCUCUGCCGACCCAAUUCGGAGAUAAAAGUCAGUCUCUCUAUAUAUAUCACAAUAACCUCUUCAAUGUUUACUUAUCAAUUGAUCAUAAGCAAUCAACACAAGACGUAGGAAGAAGCAGAGAAGAGUUUGCAGGUCUCUCUUAUUUUCAAGAAUAUAAGAAGAUGGAUUCUCAAAACAACUCGAGUAGUUCUCCUUGCAAGAGGGGCUGUGGCUUCUUUGGAUCACCACAGAAUCAUGGCCUGUGCUCCAAGUGCUACAAGGAUUAUUUGAAAGAGAAAUUACUUUCUGAAGCUAAAUAUGGCAAAACGACAGAUGGAUCGAUAGAUACGCAGCUACCUUUACCUACCAAGACUAGAGACAAUAGCUUCUACUAAACGACAGCUCUUACGAUAGACAAGCAGCUAUCUUUACCUACCAAUACUGGAGAAACGACAUUGACAAUUACUUCUGCCGGUUCUACUGUGAAGAAUCGAUGUGAAAGUUGCAACAAGAAGGUUGGUUUGACAGGAUUCGCAUGCCGUUGCGGAAAGGUCUUGUGUGGUUCUCACCGGUACCCCAAAGAACAUUCGUGCACGUUUGACUUCAAGAAAGCAGAUCGAGAUUGUUUGAUCAAGCAAAAUCCACUUAUCAAAAGUGAUAAACUGUAUUUCAGGGUCUGAAGAAAUUUUGGUUCUUGAUUUGAUUAGUAAGUUUAGGUAGCCAUGCUGUUCGGGUUAAGCUGAAGU